AUGCCUCACGAUGACCAAUCUCCGCCCCCAGGCGAAGUCUCCGACUCCGCCGAUAUUGAAGAAGAAGAAGAAGAAGACCCAGAAAUUGAAGAAGAAGAAGAUGACGACGACGAAGAAGACCCCGAAAUAGUAGAAGAAGAAGAAGAAGAAGAGGAGGAGGAGGAGGAGGAGGAAGAAGAAGAAGAAGAAGAAGAGGUGGAGGGAGAACAGGAAGAGAUAAUGGAAGAAGAAAGGAUUGAAGUGGAUGUGGAUAUGGAUAUUUCUGAUUCACCGGUUCAAGCUCGUGAUCAUCAUAACGAUGUUAGACAAGAUUAUAAGCCCGAGGGACUUGAUGGUAUACACUCAAAUGAAUCGCAUGAUGAUGGAAAAGCAUAUUUGCGUCAUAGUGAGGUUAUGGAUGCUAAAGCCUCCAACUCAUCUGGUGUUGCUGGGGAAGAGAUGGCUAAUGUAAAUCUGAUGAGGGAUCACUUAGGUAAGGAGGUUAAGAGUGUUAUGAAUCCAGAGGAUGAGAUGAAACAAGGGGACAUACAUCCAAGGAAUGAUAGAAAGCAAAUGGAUUCAAGAUCAGCUGCUUCUGAGAAAGUGACCAGAAUUAUGUCUCCUGUUGCUGAGACUAGUGAUCGAAACAAACGCCCAGCUAUUAUCUGUGACUUCUUUGCUAAAGGUUGGUGCAUUAGAGGUACUUCAUGUAAGUUUGUCCAUAUAAAAGGCAGUCCGAAUAGUACUCAUCCACAAAGAGAUGUUGCUGCUGCAAAUUGUACUAGAGAAGUCCAGCCUGAUGAAGGUCUAAGAGACAUAACUGAGAGAUCAAGGUCACCUGGUUUUCCUGACCCUCUGACUUCUUCACAUCUCUCUUCUGAAAAGAUCCGAUUUUCGGAACACAAAGGAAUUCAGAGACAGCAUCAGUCUCUUGAAAACCAUAAGUUUCCAUCUGUUCCAGGAGGGGAAUCAGAUAUGGGUGAGUCCACUGAUGCACAGAAAUUGCAUUCAUCCAAAGAUGAUCAAGUCUUUCUCUCCUCGUUUAAGGAUGCAGGAAGGGAUGGUCAUGCACGUAACUGGCCCGUUGAUGGUUAUACCAACUCACCAAUUCAUAAAGAUAAUUCUAGAUAUAUGAGUGGUUUGCAUCCUGAGCCUGGAUUUUUUUCUAAUGGAUCUACUGCGUCAUCAGGCAAGUACUCUAGAGGGAAUCCCACUUCUCAGUCGAAUUGUAUGGAGGAACCAGCUGGAAUUUGGAGCCAGCGUAUGCACAAUGAUCAUAACUCCCCACUUGUGAGCCUUUCCUUGAAUUCAAACUCAAGUAAUCUUUUAACUAAUGGCUCGUUUCCAGCUAGCCGUAUUUCAUCUUGGACCGGAUUUUCAUUGCCUUCUAGUUAUUCCUGUUUAGAUGCAAGUCCUCAUGGUACUCAAAAGCUUUUAGACCGAAAUAGAGAUUACCGUUAUUCUACUAGAUCAUCUCCCUUACUGAAAAGCUCUUCUCCCUUCUCUAGUUCUGAAUUGAAGAAGUUGCCUUCUACCAGUGUGUCAUUGCGCUCUGAUAAACUUCAAACAAAAAUUUCUUCAAAUGAUUGGGAGCCAUCUGUACCCUUCCGGCCAUCUUUUAUUCUUCCUCCUGCAUUUCUAUCAUCUUCAGGGAGCCAGUAUGACCCUCUUCGUGACAGCAUUGAGUUACCUAAGUUAGCAAACAUCUCCUUUGAGGCUUCUUUCUAUUCUGAAGAGGCUGCCAUUGGGAACAAGUUGCAUCAUCAAAUACAUGGUGAAUCUGUUAGUGGGACUAUGCGUCCGGUUUGUGAUGGUGAUACAAACUCUAUGUCUUCACAUAAUACAUGUCAUGAAAAGGUAUUAGAUAAUAGCUGCUAUACACGCGAACAUAAUUCGCCUGUAACUGAAGCAGAGACAGUGGGGGCUUCUGUUGUCUGCCAAAAUGGAACCAUGACUAUAGAAGAAAAUCUCUCGGGGCCCUCUCAUCUCAAAGAUGGGGAUGUACAGCAAGAAUCAAAAGCUCUGAGGCAUUUCCGUGCGGCUCUUGUAGAGUUAGUAAAAGAAUUGUUAAAACCAAAAUGGCGUGAAGGUUGUCUCAGCAAAGAUGCACAUAACAAGAUAGUUAAGAAAGCAGUAGAGAAGGUUCUCAGUGCUUUUCAGCCCCAACAAAUCCCACCUACCGUAGAAACAGUUGUCCAAUACCUGUCUUCAUGCCGUCCAAAAAUCUCAAAGCUUGUUGAGGGAUAUGUUGAGAAAUAUGGCAAAUCUUGA